ACGUCGACCACGCGGCCCAGGCAUACGGCCAGCGGCUUGGCCUCGCUGCGGCCCUUGAGGCGGUACACAUCGCGCAGCGCCGUCGAGCAACUCGCCGAGCAGGCCAGGCCGUACAGCGUAUCGGUGGGGACGGCCAACACGCGGCGCCGGCGCGCAGCUCGGCCACGGCGGCCCGCAGCGCCUCGGUCCAGCCGGCGCGCUCGGGGCUUGCGGCCUGUCCGGCCCCGCUGCCUGGGAGCCGCAACAGCCGGGCCCCCGGCGCCGCCGGAGCGGGGCUUGGCGGGCGGAGGAGGCGGCCGCUCCGGGAAUCCACGGGCCCCUCGCUCAAUCCCACGCUGGCAACCACCGCGGCCCUCAUACCCCUGCCCCACAGCGCUGGAGACAUCCGCCCAGGCCCGCUUCCGGGAGGAAGUGACGUUCCCGGACAGCUUCCGGUCCUGGAGGCUCGGCCCCACCUCCGCGCCGGGCAGCUUAAAGGGACCACGACCCCCAGGAGGCUUGAAGGAGACCGGGAGGCUGCCGGCGUGGACCGCGGGAAGGCGGGGCUGGGGCUCGGCGGGAGGCCACCCCCGCAGCCACCCCGGGAUGAGCGCGCCCAGCAGUUGCUGGACGCGGUGGAACAGAGGCAGCGGCAGCUCCUGGACACCAUCGCCGCCUGCGAGGAGAUGCUGCGGCAGCUGGGCCGCCGGCGCCCGGAGCCGGCUGGUGGCGGGAACGUCUCAGCCAAACCGGGAGCGCCCCCCCAGCCAGCUGUCUCCACCAGAGGUGGCUUUCCAAAGGAUGCUGGUGAUGGAGCUGCGGAGGCCUGACCAUCCCCGUACCGGAUGUCCUGACUUCUCUCCCCUCCCCAGGGCUGGUGGCUGGACUCUGAACAACUCCCUUCAAUAAAGGGGCCAGUCUUCACUGGCAGUGGCUGGUACUUGGCUCUCAGCCUGGGGUGGCAGCUCUGCUAGCAGCUGGGUUCACUCCCACUUCAUCCUGGCUGAAAGCAGUGCUGGGCUUUGAAAUGUAGCCAACGAAUACCCAGUCUGAUUACCCGGAUUUGGGCGGACUAGCAGUGCUAGCCAGAGUGGUCUGGCCUGCUAUGGGGGAUCUAGGUGGUGUUACAUGACCAUUUCAUGCUUUGGGGGCUCUUAGCCCCACAAAACACCUUCAGCAGAGCCUUGAUUAAAAGGAAACCUGCAGACUCUC